AUUGUGUGAUUUGUAUUGAAAUCUAUUUGUAUAAAAAAUAAUAAAUUGGAUUAAUAUUCCCUGAAAUUAAAUCUUUUCAAGAAAUUUAAUUCUUUAGUCCAAGCACAAUUUAUUCAAUGAUUUGUUACUUGAAAUUUGAAACCCAUAUUUUCAAGCAUUUCAAUCCAAAUGGAACCUUGAAACAAAUAGAUGCACUCAUGAUAUAUACUGUCGGAGAUAUUUUACCAACAGCUUAAGCUUUUGAUUAAGAUGAUCAUUCAACAUCGUAUCAGAGCCAUACCAAACAAAAGGUUCUGAGUUCGAUAUUUCAUUAACAGCUUAAUAUUUUAGUUGAAAUGGUCAUUCAAAAUAUACCACAUGCAUUAAUUUAUAUUACCCAAAAUUUAAUGACUGCUUAUCCAAACCCGACCCGGAUCCGGAUUGUUUGAGCACAGCUCAUACACAGGAAAAACCAUUAAUGCAAACCUAAUCCACAAUUUAAUUAAAAUCUUUAGACCGUUUUGCCCCUCACCAACUCACCCCCACAGCUCCUAUAUAUACACCACCAUUUCUUCACUCUCAAAACACACAACUUCUACACAUACAUACAUACAUACAUACAUUCAUAUAUAACAUAUAUACUUUUUCCUAUAUAACUAUAUAUACAUCUCUGAGAAGAUGAAGAGUGGUGUGGCUAGCUUUGUUGCCUGGUGCGCGGUGGUGAUGGUGGUUCUGCUGGUGGCGGCGGAAACGACGGCGGCGGCGAACUGCAACCCGUUGGAGCUGUCACCGUGCCUUGGAGCUAUAAUGGGGUCGGGCCAACCGUCGGCCGAGUGCUGCCAAAAGCUCAAAGAGCAGGUGCCUUGCUUCUGUACCUACCUAAAGGACCCGACGCUCCGUCAAUUCAUCGAUUCGCCGAAUGCGAAGAAGGUCGCCGCCGCGUGCGGCCUACAGCAGCCGUCGUGUUGAUCGGAGAAUCUGUAUUACUCUCAUAUGUAGUCAUUGAUAAUAAAUUUUGUCGGAACUGAUUGUUUUUUGGCAAUAAAAUAGAUCUUUAAUUUCACUUUUUUCUUAUGAUUAUUUUUUCUUCUUUUAUGAUUAAGGUUUCUAGUUAUCAAACUUGGACUAGAAUUUAUGAUGAACAAAUUAUUUGAAGUACUUAAUUCCGUCGGUUAAGAUAGUGAUGGACACAUGCUUGAAUCAGUUAGUAUCAACGGAA